ACACAUCACCAGCGUUCACAUUUGUUGUUGUUUCGCCGGAGUUCGGACGUGUAUUUGUUUAAAUGCGGGUGUGCUGCGUCAGAACGAAAUCUAAAUUUAUUCAAGUCCAACUUAUUAAUAUAUAUAGUUGUUAAUUGUAUAUCAAUUGUAUUGUGGAGGAGCUCACAUGAGUGGACUCUGCUGGCCAACCGAACGUAUCGCCGUGCAUUAAUAUAUAUAUACAAAAAAAAAAAGAAAAUUAAAUAAUAUCAAAGUGAAUUUUCUGGCUAACGCAAUGCAUAGUAUUUAAUGCCUAUGUAAAUAAAAGUGCAACGCCAGUAUCUGCGACAGUUUACAUUUCCAACAAACACACACACACGCACACACAGAGAUACACAUACACACUUUUACGCACUGGUAACAGGGCUGUUUGGGCAAACACACAAGCACUGGGCUGACAUACAGGACAAAAUCAAGAAGGCAACAACAAGCGUGCGAUAGUUCUGUUUUUUUGGUUUUUUUUUUUUUUUUUUUUUUUGUUAUAUUUUGCACGUGAGUGCGAGCGAGUGCGUGUGUCCGUGCGUGUGUCAGUGCGAAAGAGUGCAAGUACUUUCGCCCAAUAAAAAUGGCUCCAGCUCUGAGUAAAUUAGCGCAGAACCAAAGCGCAAUUGUUGGCGCGGCGGGCAUGACGGCAGCUCUAUGGAUAAUCGCAUAUGGCAAAAUAUCCAAUAACAAGAGGAAAUCGGGCUAUGAGGACAAAAUUCAGUAUACCAUUUCGGAGAAAAAGGACAAAAAGUCGAGCAAGGCGCAUGUGAAUUCAGUAUUCUUCAAACAGCUGAGGCAGCUACUGCCCAUACUCAUACCCAGAUUCUGGAGCAUUGAGACGGGUCUGUUGUUGUUGAUUGCCGGCGCGCUGAUUGGCCGCUCCGUCAGCGACAUUUGGAUGAUACAGAAUGCGACCGUUGUGGAGAGCACCAUAAUACAUAUGAAUCGGGCCAAGUUCAAGACGGCUCUGCUUAAAUAUCUAGCCGCUCUGCCAGCGAUCUCUGUGGUUACGAACGUGCUGAAGUGGAGUCUGGGCGAGCUGAAGCUGCGUUUUCGCACAAAUCUAACGCAUCAUUUGUACAGUCAGUACCUCAAUGGCUAUACGUACUACAAAAUGUCGAAUUUGGAUAACCGAAUAGCAAACGCCGAUCAGCUGCUGACCACGGACAUAGACAAGUUCUGUGAGAGUGCCACAGAUCUGUAUUCGAACAUCAGCAAACCGGUGCUGGAUAUCUUCAUCUAUGUCUAUCGGCUGACCGUGAACCUGGGCGGAAAGACACCGUCCAUACUGAUGCUAUAUCUAUUGUUUGCCGGCGUAUUCCUUACACGUUUGCGCCGCCCAACGGGUCGUCUGACCGUCGAGGAGCAGAAGCUCGAGGGCGAAUUCCGUUAUGUGAACAGCAGGCUGAUCACUAACUCCGAGGAGGUCGCCUUCUAUCAGGGCAAUGUCCGCGAGAAGCUGACCCUGCUGGCCAGCUACUCCAAGCUGCGCUCGCAUCUGCGCAAGUUCCUCGAGUUCCGUGUCAGCAUGGGCAUCAUCGACAACAUCAUUGGCAAAUAUUUCGCAUCGAUUGUGGGCUUCUACGCUGUGUCGCUACCCUUCUUCUCGGAGAACCAUCCGCUGCUGUCCGGGGAGAACAGCGGACAGCGCUUGCAGGCCUAUUACACAUACGGACGGAUGCUGGUCAAGCUGGCCGAGGCAAUUGGCCGGCUGGUGUUGGCCGGCCGUGAGAUGUCCCGAUUGGCUGGCUUUACGGCCCGCAUGACGGAGCUGAUUAAGGUCCUGAGCGAUCUCAACAAGGGCACCUACGAGCGCACCAUGGUGAAUGGGAAUAGCAUCACGCAGAACGGCGGCGCCGAUGCCACUGCCAGCAGCUUUGGUCCCAACAAGGGCAUUAUGUGCUUCGAGGAUAACAUCAUACGCUUCGAGCAGGUGCCCCUGGUCACGCCCAAUGGUGAUAUUCUGCUCAAGGAGCUCACCUUUGAAGUGGAGUCUGGCACUAAUGUUCUCGUCUGCGGGCCCAAUGGCUGUGGCAAGUCUUCGCUGUUCCGCAUUCUCGGCGAGCUGUGGCCCACGUGGGGCGGUAAGGUCACAAAACCGUCGCGUGGCAAACUCUUCUAUAUUCCCCAGCGUCCGUAUAUGACACUGGGCAGCUUGCGCGACCAGAUCAUCUAUCCUCAUACGCGCGACGAUAUGCGUCGCCUGGGCAAAUCGGACGAAGAUCUAUUGCACUUCCUGGACAUUGUACAGCUAACGUACCUGGAGCAGCGUGAAAACGGACUCGAUGCGAUUGAGGACUGGAUCGACGUGCUCUCCGGCGGCGAGAAGCAGCGCAUUGCCAUGGCCCGUCUCUUCUACCACAAGCCCCAAUUCGCAAUACUCGACGAAUGCACCAGCGCCGUGUCCGUGGAUGUCGAGGGCAAGAUGUACAGCUAUUGCCGCGAAGCGGGCAUCACGCUCUUCACGGUGUCGCAUCGUAAAUCGCUAUGGGUGCACCAUGAUUACUAUUUGCAAUUUGAUGGCCGUGGCAGCUAUGAAUUUGCAACCAUCGAUCAGGACAAGGAGCAUUUUGGCUCCUAAGCGAACGGGACUCGCGCGAGGGGGGCGGGGGGCCAAUUAGUCAACAGUCGGCGACAGAAACAAGCACAUACACAGACACAACACACCCACACACACACAUGAUAGAGAUGUAUACAUAUA